AGACGAUGCAGUCCUCGGGCAGGAAUUCAACACUGGCAGAAUUUUCAGUCACGGUUUACAAUGUCUGUCAUUGAAAAGCAGUAUUCAACAGGAGCACAACCCAAUAUGCCUGAACAGCUGCUAAAUUGUGAUUUACCACAGAGUAGACAAUUUCAGAGACCAACCACUAGGGAACGAACAAGGAAAGAACAAAUAGCAGAAGCAAAACGUUUAGAAGCAUGGAGUAAGAGUUUGAAAGUCAGCAAACAAGACAUUAAUGAUUUCAGGAAUUCAUACAGACACAACAUCUGCUUAGACAUGCUGCGGCAAGGUUAUCACAAGUCUUUUUCAGAGCUUACUACUCUAAUCUUGCACUGGAAUGCUGCAAGGGAGGCUGCAGGCCCUGGGUCAGACAUGUGGAUCGAAGAGCCGUUGGAUAAGCAGCAUAAUAAACUGGAUCAACUUCAAUAUUUCUUAACUAGGGCUGAGGCAGCCCAAAGAGCAGGUCUGUUUGAGGAAGUCUAUAAUAAUCAACUUUCACUGGCAUGUUACUUUAAAAAAGUUGGUGACAAACUACUUUCAGAUCACUUCUUUGAAUCAUGCCUUUCCACCAGUGAAAUGAUUAUGCCAUUAGGAGGACAGAAAAUGGCAGAAGCCAAUGCAAACAUGGGCACAGCAUAUGAGGAGAAAGGUCAGCUGGAUAAGGCUGCUGAGCAUUAUGAGAUAUUCCAUCAACUCACUACAGGGAAGACGUGGCAAGAUGAGAAUUGCUGUCUCCACUUUGCACAUGCAUGUAAAAAUCUCUGGAGGAUUUACACAUCACUGGCAGACAAAAAGCUUGAAAAUGAACAAUACAAAGAGGCAAAAAGAUUUCUUGGAAAAGCUUAUGACAUUGCCAAAGAAGGGGGCGAUAGACAGAUGGAACUGGCAGCCUUAUAUCGAGCGGCUUUAGGUUAUCUUAGUACUGGAGAACCAGACACAGCAAUUGCUUACUUACAAACAUACUUGGAGCUGUCUAGUUCUAUGGAUGAUGAUGUUGGCUUAGGCAAAGCCUAUGAAGCUCUGGCCAUGGCCUUAGUAAGCACAGGAAACUAUUCUGAAGCUCUUGAAUAUUUGAAAACAUUUCUGGGUCUGGCUGAGAAAGGCGAUGAUGAAUGGAGUUUGGUGGAUGCUUGCAAAUUCCUUGGCAUUAUGUAUAAUAAUUUGGGUCAAUACAAUGUAGCCUGCGAUUACAUUUGGCGAGGAUACGAGAUUGCAAUGACCUUGGGUGAUCUACGUUUAGUAGAGAUAAUGCAGGUUCACUUCGGCAUCUAUAAGGCUCAUACAAUGAUGACCACAUAUUGUCAUUGUGUUGAAGCUGCUGGGCACCUGGAUCUUGAGCGUUUGGUGACAUGGAAGGAUAGCAGAGUAGACAUGUUCACUGACUCCAGUAUGGAAGAUGCUGCAGCAGGAAGACCAUUUAGCCAACAACCAACAACAGAAGCAAGGUUACCUUCUGCUGAAACUGCGGAUUAAGGCUAGAGAAAUAUAAAGGAAAUUCAUGUACUUCUUGAUUGUGGCACUUUUUCCAAUUUGAAUUUGUAUGGUAUCAGUUAAGUCAUCAAUGAAAAAAGCCAAAUAAUCAUGAAUAAUCUCAUUUUGAACUGGUUUGUUCAUUAAUGGUGUUCAUUUUUGCUUUCAAUUCUAAGUUUUUCACCAUGCAGAGCAUAGAGAGUGAUUAUUAAACUUGUCAGCUUUAACAUCUUUGUUCAUUAAUUUUCACUUAGAGUUUUUUGCUGUAAAUUGCAAAGAUUAUAGUUGUAAGCAUUUCAUCAGAAAUAUUGUUUUCUUAGGUAGCUAUUAAAUUUAUCAUUGUGAAUUAUUGUCAACAGUGCACGUAGGAGUGGAUUUCUCUGCAAUAAUUUUGACUUGGCCCAGAUCAAAUAGAGAGAUUAGUUUUAAUAAAAAAAAACAUUCUUGAUUACUUAACCAAAGUGAAUGAACAGCUCUGGAAUGCAUUUUUCCUUGACUAUAUAUUAAAAAAUGAGUAUUUCUUCUCCUGUUGGAACAUGUUAUGUGCAGCUAUCUUUCUAUAAUUACCCAUAAGCUUUGCUUAAAUAUCUGAUUUCAAAUCCAUUUAUAAUUUGAAAUACUUAAGCACUUCUAAUAAUACAUUGUUCCUUGUUAAUCAGCUGAUGCCUUAAACAAUAAAAUCUGUAAAAGACUUUGCUUUUAUUAAAUAUUAAUUGGAAAUAUCAAACAACUUCCUUGAUUUAACUUUU